AUGGCCUUCGUCCCUUCCUGGGCCUGUCUACUUGUUGGCUGUAUUUCUGCAUCUUUAGCAGUAUCUUCCAAAAUUUCAGAUGUGUAUCCUCCUCUGUGGGAGGAGAGUCCUGGUCAGUUUAAUGACUAUAAAGUGGAGAAUGAAAAGUACAUCAUUGACAUCUGGAAUUAUUCUCAACGACUGGGAAUGUAUAAAAUAUUAUUGAACCAGACAACCAAGUAUUUUGAAAAAUUUGCUCCGGACAAUGAACAAAAUCUUCUGUGGGGGCUGCCUGUACAUCAUGGGUGGCAAUAUCAUACGGGCCGCUUAGCUGACCCCACCCACAGGACGGGCUGUGGCCACCGGCCGCUGGAGCACCUGUGCCUGUCUGUGGACAGCUGGUGGGCAGACGUAAAUUACUUUCUCUCCAUAAUGCCUUUCCUUGCUGCGGCUGAGGCCGGGAUCCUGGGAAUAUCACCAGAUGAUGUCAUCUUUCUGCCCCCACCCAAGGAUCAGAAGAGAUUUUGCUCUGAUGUUUCCAGCUGUCACGCAUCCUUUCCGGAAGCAAUGAAAAACUGGAAUGAAUUUUACCAGCAUGUAAAGUCACCUUCUAGUAGCUUUGAUGACCUGCUGAAGUAUAUCUGGGACGCACAUUUCUCAUCCCUAAAAGUUGCUCGUAAAAAUUUUCAAAGUAGGUCAAAAUACUAUUCUAAGCCAGAAGCUGAUUUUCAAAGAAAUUGGGCUUUAUUUGUGGAUUAUUUAGCGCCACCGCGCUUUCCUACAACUUUGGUGAGAAUGUAUGAGUUCCAGAAGGGCCUGCCAGCACGGAUACUUCUCAGUAGGGAUAAAGGUCCCUUCAUCAGGGACCUCACUGGCUUUCAGAACACAGUCCUGCUUCUUCUAGACUUCAUUCACAAGGUGCAUAAGUAUACAGGUAAGAGAUACGGCGGCUUUGUAUUUUAUGAUUUCUAUAGGGUGCUUUAA